AUGCUAACUCCUGGUCCGGUUUCACAUGGAUUGUUGGAAUGUUCUAAAACUGAAGAUGCUCGCAAUGAGAUGCUAUAUAACUUAAGCGAUGUCUUGAACCUUAACAACACUCUAACUAAUUCAGGUGAAAAUAACUGCCAUGGAUUGAAAACUUAUCGUCUGCUGCUAAAGGUCAAGGUCACAAGGUCACUGCCGCAAUGAGUACAAUCAUCGAAGACCCGGCUAUCCCACUCGUUGGAAGGAAUGGGAACAUUCAAUUUUAUUCAGGAACGCCCAGUCCAACUAGUGAUGAUAAUAUGUCUGCUAAAACUGUUAAGCCUAAAUACCAUAAGCCAAAGCCAAAACCCCUCAGGUUUGAAAAUGUAGGUCAACGAUUGGCGGCACGAAAGGAACUUUUUCAAAAGAGAAAAAUCAUAUGUGAUUUCGCUCUUGGAUUCGCCGUCUUUGGUAUCAUUCUCAUGAUAGUUGAGAAUGAAAUGUGUAUGAAUAAGAUUUAUGGAAAAGAUUCAAUUUAUUCAAAUAUUGUUAAAUUCUUUAUCACAAUGUCAACCGUUACUCUGCUCGGAUUCACCGUCUGGUACCAUUCCUUAGAUAUUAAGCUCUUUAUGAUCGAUAACGGCAUGGAGGACUGGAAACUGGCCAUGGGACGUACACGGGUACUCAAGAUAAUACUCGAGCUCCUUAUCUAUGCUAUUCACCCUAUACCUGGCACGUCAUCUUUCCCUUGGACAACCCAAAAGAUUGAGAGCUUGGAACCGCCUACAACUGUUACAGUACCCGUCGAUGUUAUCCUCUCCUUGCCUAUGUUCCUGCGUCUACACUUACUCGGGAGAGUCAUGAUGCUCCAUAGUAAGCUAUUCACAGACGCCUCUUCGCAGAGUCUUGGUGCGUUAAAUCGAAUCCACUUCAAUUUCAAAUUCAUCUUCAAGUCGUUGAUGAGCAUGAAUCCUGCUUAUACGUUGUGUGUGAUCAUGGUGUUAGGUUGCGCGAUAGCGAGUUGGAUGUUACGCGCCUGCGAGAUGUAUCACGACGAUGUUCAUUCCAACUUCUUCAACUCGACCUGGCUAAUUACCAUCACCUUCCUGUCUGUCGGGUACGGCGACAUAGUCCCAAAUUCUUACUGCGGUCGGGGAAUCUGUGUUAUGACUGGUAUGUUCGGGGCAGGCUGCACAGCAUUAAUUGUUGCAAUUCUUUCGAGAAAACUCGAACUUUCGAGAGCUGAAAAAUACGUUCAUAACUUUGUAAUCGACGUUGAACUGGAUAAACGUCACAAACACGCGGCUGCUAAUAUUCUUAAAGAGGGUUGGUUUGUUUACAAAAACAGGAAGAAGGGUACCGCGGAAGGCACUAUACGAACGCAUCAGCGAAAGCUUUUGAAAGCCAUCUACACGAUCCGGGAGGUGAAGCAAGAACAAAGACGACUGUUGGACAACGCCGUGACACUCGUGGAAAUGAUGCGCGCGCAGAACUACAUCAACAACGCACUUAUCGGAUUCAACAUGCGCCAAGAAGCAGUGGAACUUAAAGUCAACCACAUUGAAGAAAAAUUGGAAAACAUCGAUGUCAAAAUGGAUAAAAUUCUCAAUGAGCUGGCAUCAUUUAAAAGAGUAUAAGAUGCACAAAAUCUAAAAAUGUAAAUGUUGAAACAGCUACAACUGUAAUUUUGGCAAGGGGAUUAUAGCAAUAUAUUAUCAUAAAUGUAGGCAAAAUAACUUCUGUAUCUUUCGUACAAUAUGAAUAAUUUCGACCAUGAUAUGAAUUCAUAUCAUCUUGAACCAUAUAUUAUUCACUCAUUCUUUAUGGUUUCAUAAUACGUUCGUGCGGUUACAUAAUUAUGCCAAGCUUAAUGAAGUCUCCAAAGCUCAAAGGGAUAGCAUAUAGAAAGUCAUUCGGACCUCUACCGUUGAUUAAUUCCUUCGUGUUUUGCAUCUAAAGUGAAGCUAAUGAUACCAGAGUUGUUGUUACAGACUUGAACCCAAGGGGAAUUACACGGUACAAUCAAAAAUAGCCCAAACAAAAAGGUGAUGUCUAUCUUGACAAAUGACUUCCGAUUUGUGGUCCUCCAUGAUUAGGCUAAACCAUUCGAAAGGACUGGCAAGACGUGAUCCAACUGCCGAGUCAUUGGCACUAGGCCUGUAACUAUGUGAUAUGCACGCCCCUCUAGAAUUUGGAAACUCUAAAGUCGAUUUGCAAAAAUCCAGCUUUGUUUUAUGUUUCAGACUUAUUGUAAAAAAUCAAAUUUGAACACCGGCAAGCUUCACGCUUCCCUACACACGCCAUUCAUUUGAGACUUCCGGUCGCAAAUGUCGCGGUGGGGGUGUAACAUAUAUCCUCAUUGAAGAUGCUUCACCAAGUUACAUCUGUUGACAAUGAGAUGGAUCGGGACAGAGUACCAUAUGGAACGAAUGAUUUAUGAUCUUCCGGUUACCCCGGAGAGACAUCACAUAAUUACGCUUGUUGCUAUGUCCGUAUUAAUUAUUAGCAACUGACAAUUCCGCGAUUCCAGGGAGCGGAAAUAACUCAUCACUCUUUCAUUACUGGAGGCCCAAAGGUUUCUCCUUGAUAAGACUUCAUGUUAUGACAUCACAGGGCCUUAUUGGUUCAUUUCCCUUUUGUAUUAGAUGGAGAGAUUCCAAGCAAUAUUAGAAUUGAUUGCGACUUCCAGAAAGAUGUGCGGCAAGUGACUGACCUCCAACGGUUACUUAACUCGACAAUUAAGACUGAUGUACAAAUUAUUAUUUAUUAUCGUUUCAAAAGUACUUAAUUAUUGGUACGUACUACCUCAAAUACAAAAUUGGUGAAAGCCAAUCGAUUAGAUUGUUAUACUUUUAUGUGUUUUGAGUAAUGUUGUGUUCCUUAUCUGUCACAAAUAAAUAUGGAGAGUAUUUGAAGAGCCAUGAGCUGAGAUGACUGGAAGAAAUGUUUUGUAAUUUAGGUGAACCUUUUCAACUGACAGUGUUAUUUGAGUUCAUGUGCAUGCUAUACCUGUAUAUAUUAUUUCGUUAAAUUGCAUCACCCCAACUUGUUUAUCAAAAAUAUAAAUUGAUAUAGUUCGAUUUCUAUCAUUCAUGAAAUGUUCUAAGAUGACACGAUGAUAAAAGUCACCUCACCAGUGACGUAAUGGUUAACCGAUGUGCAGAGUUGGCCAAAAAUGUCAAUUUCUGAGAUAUCUGAUAUUUUGACAUUACAGUUGGCAACAUAAUUUUUAAGACUGGCGAGUCUUUGACUAGCUGCAGUUACGAAAACUCAUUGACAUUUGUGAAAUCAUCAUGAAAGUAGAUCUAAUAUUUUUAUUUUGGUUACAGUAGAAUAUUACGAAAACUAUAAGCCAUUAUUAAAUCUUUGAAAUGAUUGAUACAAAAAAAUGGCGCCGAACACUGUCAUCGUUUCUUUAUAAUGCAACUUAGUCUAGAGUCUUUAUUCUGGAUAAACAUUUGGAGCAGAGAAAAUAAAUAAACCAAGCAUGGUAUGUCACCAGCUGUAGUUCAAUGACUUUUUCAUUGUCUCUUAUUAAUUUUCAAUUCCUCGUAAGAUACAAUAUUACAAUAAAUAUUAAAUAAUCACGAUGAUGAAAUGCAUCAAAGAAUAUAUUCGAUCGUAAUUCAAAUCUGGCGAGCGUCGACUCGUUGAUGGCUUUCUCGUCAUUCGAUGUUUCAUAAAUAUCAAUAUUUCAUUACCAAAUUAUCUUCAUAGUGUCUUGGUAUCACGCAAGGCUGCUUUGCACACAAAAACGACGACCAUUUGGAAAAUGUGGAUAGCAUUAAAAUGGAGGAGAUCGCCAUGAUAAGGAAUCACAUUUAAUUAUUAUCAAAGUUAUUAGAAAUAACAAGAUGCGAUGAAUAUCAGAAUGGGAAAAUGCAAACAUGCAAUCGUGGUCAUAGUCGUUUAUAAUUCAAAAAUAAAUUACGGUUUCAUAAAGCCUGUGACAAGCCAGUCUUUAGAUAAAUAUUGUAUAUCUUUGAUAGCCAUUUCGAAGAAAUAUUGCCAUGUUCAUUUAGGUCUACAUGAAUUACGUUUAUCCCUGUGGAAUUGUAUAUUAGUAGUUGCUUCGUAAAUGGCGU